AUGAGAAUUUUACAGAUCAACAUGCGGAAAUCGCAUGACGCCCAUAUUGACUUAUUUCACGCAGACUUACGAAAGGACUAUGACAUUAUAGUAAUUCAGGAACCGUGCCUAAACAAGUUAGGCCUGACCAAGGUCAAUAGCCACUGGAGUGUGGUGUACCCGACAGAG